AUUUGAACCAUUUUAAGAACAUUGAAUAUAAGAACAGAAACUUUAAAUGGUUCUUUUGUAUACUUUGGAUAUUCAAAGAAAGAUUAAGCUGUAUAUGCAUGAGUUCAAUAAAAUAUUAAAGCAUUAUUAGAUAAGGUUUAAUAACCAGCUACCUAUGUUCUUGACGUAAAGACUAAAUAAAUAAUAUAAAUAAGAAGCACUAUUUACAGAAUAAAAAGAAAUUUGUUAUGAUGAUUUCCCAUCAGCUCUGGAAUAUUUUGGAGUGGUUGAUUCAAAUGGACAUUCAUCCCAAAACAAUAAACAUGUCAUUUGGGAGUUGAUCCAUAAUUUAAUCUACUUAAAUAGCUUCAGAAGUCUUGAAUAAAAUGAGGAUUAUAAGAUAACUCAUAUAAAAUAGCUAUAGUACUCUAAGAAGUUAAUUUAUGGCUAUUGAAAUUUUUUAAGCAUAAGCUAUUAUAUUAGCUAUUUUAUAUUAUGGUGGAAGCCUAAUAAUUGAU